AUGUUCGCGCGCACGCUUCGCACAGCCUCCUCCCCUGCGCGCACCCUCCUCACCCACCCUCACCCGCGCUGCUUCUCGUCCACCACGCCCGCUCGUAAAGUGUACGAAGACGUCUCGGCCUCCGACUUCGAGUCUCGCGUCCUGUCGCCUUCCCCCGCCGACGCCGACACCCCCGUGCUGGUCGACUUCUACGCGACCUGGUGCCAGCCCUGCAAGCUGCUCUCCCCCGCACUAAAGAAGGUAGCCAGCGACGCGAGCGUCGUCGGCGGCAAAGCGGUCGACCUGGUCACCGUCGACGUCGACGUGCACCAGCAGCUCGCGCAGCAGUUCAAGGUCUCCGCCAUGCCCACCGUAAUCGCCAUGAAGCGCGGCAAGGUCAUCGACGGAUUCGUCGGCAUGCUCCCCGAGAAAAAGCUCAUCGAGUUCGUCCAGAACCUCAAGUAA